CAGUUCCAGAACAGCAUGGCAUCGUUGGUGAGACCUCGGUCGAUCAGGAGCGGAGCGCCACUACGGGAUAAACUGGCCGUGGCUCAUCGUACCGACAUCCUUAUCAAGGAACAGGUUCAGGUGAUUCAGGACCUUCAGGACAGCCUGGCAAAGUCCUUACAGGAACUGAAGAAUUCCCGCUCUAUCUCAGAGGUGGACUUCCACAAAACCCAAGUACACAUUCUCAGGGCCAAGUCUGAGGAGAUGGUGCUCAAGCUGCAGGUUGCCUCGAAGAUCAAUGAUGAGCUGCUAUUUGCAAGAGAAAUACUGAAAAAAGCUAUACGCGAAGAUAAGGAGGUACAGCAUGCCAGAGACAGAGUGGAGUGGCUAGAAGGUCGAAUUGAAGGUUUGUUAGACAGAAACAGACUCUCCCACUCCCUGUCUUCUGACAGCAUCCUGUCACUCGCAGACAGAGAAGUCAGAGUUGUGCCACACAUCCAGCCAAGUUUGCAGCACAGUUUAGAAAAACUCGACCAAGGCGACAUCAUUUCUCAUGACUUGGAGAGGGCAUCCAUAGAGGACAAAUAUGACUUGGAAACUCCCAUAGAAACACUGCCAGAUGACGUUCAUAGUAAACAAAUGACUCAUAUGAAACAGAAGAAAACAAAAACGAAGAGAAGACAGAAACGCACAACAUCAGCGGAGGGAUCGACCAUCUCCAGUGACAGGCCGUACAGUGAUAUUUUGGAGGAGAAUGAGAGAGUUUUGCAGGGCAGACUGGACAGUGAAGACGACGUGUCACCGGUACCACCAACACAUAUCAGAAAGCAAGAGAGAGAGCUGACACUGGCAACUGAAGCAACAGUGUACCCUCCCAGCUCCCUGUACAGUAGUGAUGAGGAGCGCUCUGAGGAGAUGAGUUCUGAGGAGUCAGGGGAGGAGUCUGAGGAGAUGAGCUCCACAGAGGAGGAGGAGGAGGAGGAGAGGGUGAUGGAGAACGGAUCAGGAGAGGCUGAUUCAGAAGAGAUGGAGUCUUCCACAGAUCCAACAGAAUCUGCAGGCACAGACAGCAGACAGUCCCACCAGACUACAGACUCAGCACACAUGGCAUCUCAUCAGCAGGCAGAGAAGAGGGUUGCUUUACAGGACGUCAAGACAGAAACUCCUGGCAAGCUUGGUGCCGCAGACAGUGGCGUGUUCCUGACAGAAACAGAAGAACUGCUCGGUGGCGCUCCUGACUACUGGAGCUCCAAGCAUCACCGCUACGAGUGGAACGACUAUGCAAAUGCACUGUUGGAGGAGAACCCGUUAUCCUACCACCAGCUGGGCUUGGCUGUUCACUCCAGCUAUGUGGAGCCAUAUGUACCUGGCAGUCCUGAGUUACCAUGGCGACCAAGAAGAAAAGGAAGUGACAUCAUCGAUCCACAUAGGAAAGCCCUUGACAAGUUGUCGCGCAGCCUGCGUGGAAUGUACGAGAAGGUUGAGCAGGCUGCGGAGAGCUCCGUACAGGUGGACCCUCGCUGGUCAACCAAGGACUGGAACCAACCCCUGGCUGCGUCGUCAUUGGCUCUUGGAAGUCAGGCUGCUACAACACUUACUACACCAGGCAGCCCCCCUGGCAAGAUGAGGAUGCCGUCCAUCUCCAGGGUGACAGGUCUGGCCCCGCCCCCCAGUGCGGAGUCGGUGACGUUCCCGCCUGUCGACACACAGCGCCUGGGCACCAGCCAAUCAGGACGCAUCACCUACUAUCCCAAACCUGUGCCGCCACCCAAGAAAAAACCCAUCACAAGAACUGACCGCAGUGUGGAGUUUCCACGCAAGGCGGACAUCUGGAACGAAACUGAGCCCCAGGCAGCGGAGGAACAGCCGCGUAUCGUGAACCAGGGCAGCAUGAGGAAGGAGACGCAGCUCGUGCUGUACAAACCUCGCAGGAAGCGCCCCAGAGGAUCGGCACAGUCCAUGAGCGAGAUUAUGGGUGUCACACAGAAAGCCAAGAAAAGGGUAGCAUUGAGGGCCCCCAUGACGCUGGCACGGGCUGUCAUGAACAUGGACCUCCUCCCCAAAGGCUACACAGAUGCCUUGAAAUUAGGUCAAACAGACGCCCUUCCUGUGUCCAGUGGCAGGUCUGCUGCAGCGUCGCUGGACUCCAUGAAGGCAGAUAGGAUACAGGCUCUUGUCAAUGAUGCCAUGACAUCCACUAGGCCUGAGGAUCGCAGACAAGCAGCAAAGGGUUUAGGAGUACUGGGGUUGGACCAGGAGAAUGUGCUGGCAGCACUUAGAGACAUGGUGGCAAAUGAUGAAAACUCUAAAGUGAAGUAUGAAGCAGCCAAGUCCCUGCUUACUUUAGGGCUAUGGGAUGAGCCAGUCAUAGACCUGGUUGUCCAGCACAUAAAGGAGGGAGAUGAAAACACCAGAACAGACCUGCUCCGCACCCUGGCUUCCGCCAAAAACAUCCAGUUCAUCGACAAGAGUUCAAAAACCUUCAGAAGUCUUCACAAAGCCCUGCACACCCUGUGUUCUCCCAAGAACCCGAGUGAAGCUACAGGCUUUGACGCUGCCGUGUGCCUGGGGUACAUGUGUGUGUCAGAUGAUAGGGCCAAGGAGAGGCUGGUGUCAGCUCUAACUGUGAAGGAUCCGCACAAGAAAGCAAAGGCCCUGGAGGUGGUUGUUCGACAGAUGAACUACAGCGAGCCCCAGGUCAGGGAGGCCAUCUUAGAACAACUCAAGGCAUCUCCUGUCUGGAAGUAUCGGGCUGCAGCGGCAAAGUUGAUCACCUAUCUCGGCCCCACCUUCCUGACAGGGGAGGAGGAUAUUGAACAUGUGUUCCAGAUUCUGGACAGACGGCUGUGGGAUGACCCAAAACGGGAGGUUCGAGCGACAGUUGCCCUGGCUGUGGAGGCAUUGAACAUGAAGACUAGAGCGUACGAACUAGCUGAAAGGAGACUAGAGGACUCGAGUGAAGAUGUCAGGGCCCAGGCAGUUAUCACACUGGGAACCCUGGGAGUGCGGAAGGAGCGCACGUUACGCCUGCUGCUGGAGAUGUUAGAGCUGGACUCCAGCGAGUACGUCCGGCUGCAGGUGGUGCGUACAUUCUGUAACCUGGGUAUCGUGGACAUCCGUGCCAUCCGCAGCCUAAGGGAGAGAGAGAGGGGAGAGGGACCGCUGGCAAGGGAAGCGGGGAAGGCUGUGAGAUUUCUGACUGAACUCACCAACUCCAAGUCACCGGUUUGAAGAAUCAGGGAUACAUGUAAAAAGUGGGUUGUGAUUGAUUAGGUGAAGAGUUGCCAGGAUUUGACAAGUUUUCAAAAAUAGGGACAUGCACUUAAAUAUACUGGCCAAACUAACUUUUCACUGGCCUGAAAUUGAAAUGAUAUAUUUUAUGCAUAUGAUGCAUUUCUACUUCCGACAGGUGGAGGCAUGUUCCAUUCAUUUCUGAUAUAUGUAAAAGGGGCUUUUCAAGCUUGCUUUCCCGAGGAUGGAUUUUGAGGUAUAUUGUGAUAAAUUAAAGGGAUAUUUGUGAAUUAUCUUAUGAUUACUUUCAUUCGGAUUGUGUGCCGUGAAAUAUCAAAUGAAACUGCUUGCUUGACCAAGUUGAUCUUCAGAAUUGUAGGAAUAUAUGAUUGUGCAUAUUCUUAAAUAAAUAUAACAUAUUGUGGUAGCCUUUAGCUUUCGUUAGUAAGUUAUUUCAAAGUCAUUAUUUCUAACAGUAUGAAUGACUGAACUACUGAAAGAUAUUUAAAGAUAAAUGUUAGACAUCUAGGUACUAAGAUAUGUAUACACAGGGUAACAUUCACUCAAGCAGCUUAAUAUAUAUUAGAAAUGGUCAGAUGUUUCAGAUCCACUACCUGUUGUCAAUAACUGAACAAGAUCUUUAGAACUACAGGUAUAUAAACAAACACUAUGAAUUGAUAAGUGAGCUGGAGACAAUUUUAGAUGGUACCAUUAUAGGAAACAAAAAGAAGAUGGAAAAGGAAAGAAAUUAAGACAAGGUUGAUGCUGCUAGUCAAGUACAUGUGUAGCUCUUGUUGUUUGAGCUAAUGCCAAAGCAAGUACUUUUUAUGGAUGGCAUCCUCUACAGACUCAAAAUUUUAUGCG